AUGAAUUCUGCUCAAAGCGAUUCCAUUUCUAAAUUGGAUGCAUUUGUGUUGGGUGUGAAUCGCACUGCUGCCUAUGUGGUCGCUGCAGACAAGCAACAAUAUAUGAGAAUCUUUUUUGUGGAUAUUAUGAAUCCAACAAUGAAUAGUAAAUUAUGCAGAAGAGAACGAGCAGAUGGAAUGAUUGAAGAUUUCAAAUCGUUUCAAGUCGGAGAGGAUUUGUAUUUGGCAACUCUCCUUUCACACAAGUCCUCAAAAAUCAAAACUUUGAAAUUCUCAAAAUUAGGACUUGACUGUCAUUUGGAAAUGAACUCGUUUGAAUAUACUUUGGAUUUGAGUUCAAUGGAUUCUUCAGAGUUGAAUUUUUACAUUUUCACACAAUCCAUGAACAAUACGGACAAUCAUUCUCCUUCCAUUUAUGUGAGAGACAUGCAAACAGUUGAGAGAAUUCUCAUCGUGUUACAAACUCCAAAAACCAUUCAUAUGGUGAAUGUUGUGCAAAUUGAUCAGGUAAUUGAGAUUGGUAUGAAUAAGAGUCUCUCGUACUUGAUGUUUUCACUCAAUUCUGAAAUGCUGGCCAAUGACUUUUACAUUUCUUCAAGUACAGUAAUUACAGAAGAGUUGAGAAGAAUGGAUUUCUCCGAUAAUACCACCACAUGCACCUUGUCGGAAGAUGAGAAAUUAUUUCCUUCACAAGAGGUUCAUCUUUUAGUGACACUUUAUUCCAACACUCUCCGCAUGAAUCGAAAGAAGGGAAAUUUCUCCAAGUUAGUAGUUAGAAAUUUACCAGAAUUUGCUUCCUAUGUGCCACCUCAAGAUUACAAUACGACUCUCUCUCCUGUCUCUCGAAACACAUUUUGUGACAUUUCGGAAGGAUUCUACUUUGAUUCGAUCCAACAAGAAUGUUCCCAAUCUCAUGAAUAUGUGAUUGAAUUACCUUCUAAGGCUCUUCAAAUUCACUCUCGUUUCAUUGAUUUACCUCAAAUUGUGAAAGAUUAUUUAACAGCAGCCACGAAACAAUCCAGUGAACAAACAGAGAAACUUUUAAAAGGAAUUCAAUUCCUUUGUUUAACAAUUGCUGGAGGAGAUGUGAUGAAUCCAAGCAAACCCUUUCAUAUGAAUCAAUAUUUGCAAUGUAUUGAAACCAUGACCAAUCGGACAUUGCAAUUGAAAUGUCAAGCACAAGCUUUUGGAGCUCUUGGAAAAGAUUCUUUGAAAGAAAUGAUGAAUGACUAUUUGCAAUAUAAUGUUUUUAUUGCACUCGAUAAUCAUGCAGUUCUCAUUUAUGGAGUUCAACAGAGAUUUUGUGAUCGAAUUUCAAAGGAGUUGAUUGUGAAACAUUUUAAUCAAUUUCAACUCAUUGGAAAACCCAUUCACACCUACAUUUCCUCAAAUGGACAACACAUAUUUAUUUCCAUUACACGCAAAAAGUGGGAAAUUGAAUCUCUCAGGAGAUACCAAGAAAUUUGUGACAUUCUCAACCGAGAUCCUGACAAUGCCUUCCUCAAAGAUUACCGAACGAGUUGCAUCAAAUCUCCACCAAAACCCGUCAAUAUUAACACCUUUGGAUUUUACAUUUCGAGUUGUUUUCCAGGAAUGUAUUGCCCAAGUUUAACAAGGAAUGAAAUGUACUCUGUGGAAGAUCGUUUCUACACGGAACGACCCAACGCCUUAUUACCAUGUCCAAAAGGAAGUUUUUGUACCUUGGGUUCGAAACAUGAAUGUCCCUAUGGAUUUAUUUGUGACCAAGAUCAAAUGAAUUUACCGAAACCAUGUACAGACAAUCGCUACAAUUGUGCUUUUAAUGGAUUAACAGAACCACAAGCACCUCAAAAAGGAUUAAUGACUCUCGCUCCGUAUUUUCCUGAAAUUCCAAUUGGUCCUGGACUUUAUGUGGAAAGAACAAGUGACAUUGAUUUGAGUAUUCAGAGAUGCAAGAAGGGAGAUUAUUGUCCAUUAGCAAGAGCUGUGGAUAGAGGAACCUCUUUUCAGACCAUUGAAACCACUGCUCAACUCGAAUGUCCAAAAGGAACGUUUUGUGAACACUCACAAGUCAUCACUCCAGAAAUUUGUUUCUGCAAUGCCACUUUUUGUACCUAUUGUCCAAAUGCAAGUUACGUGGAGAGAGCAUGUCCUGCUGGAUACUAUUGUUUGGGUCCCUCGAAUAUAAAAACAUGUAAACUCACUCAAUAUUGUCCAGAAGGAACGUUUAUUCCACAAAGAUGUGAGGCUGGAUAUUAUUGUGAAAAUCCUAAAGAAAGAAAGAAGUGUCCGAGAGGUUACUUUUGUCCCUCAGGUACUGUUCGACCUCAUCCUUGCGGUUGGCUUUCAUUGUGUUCCGAAGGUCAAUCGAGUGUUGGAUUUAACAUUUUGGGUUUCUUUUUUAUUUUCAUUUGCUUAAUUCUCGUCUUUUCAAUGAAUGUUUGCAUCAAGUAUGUGAGAGCAAGAAGAGCCAAAAAACGAGAUUUGAAAGAAAAAGAGGAAAUUGAAAUGCAUCUCUCUUCAAUGAACACCAAUGUGAACAAUAGAGAAGCUCGAACAGCCUACGCCGAUCGAAAUAUGAGUCAACACUAUGGUGCAAAUCAUUUGGGUGUGAAUUUGGAAUUUGAGGAUUUGUCACUUACGGUUGAACAAGCAGGAGAAUACAAAAUUGUUCUCAACAAUGUCUCUGGAAUCAUUAAGCAUUCGGAAUUGACAGGAAUUAUGGGAUGUUCUGGAAGUGGUAAAACAAGUUUUAUUACUUCACUCUCUGGAAGAGCCUAUUAUGGACAACGCACAGGAAAAGUCAAGCUGAAUGGUCAAGAGAAUGAUUUAACUCGAUUCAAAAAGCUUGUUGGAUUUGUUCCACAAAAUGACAUUAUGCUUCCUUCCAUGACUGUUUAUGAAACUUUGUAUUUUGCUGCCAAAUGUCGAUUGGAUAAAAGCAAAACAAAUGAACAAGUUGAGAAUUUGGUCUCAAGUAUCAUCUCAGUAUUGGGAUUGGAGGAUGUGAAACAUUCAUUGAUUGGAGAUGAAAAGAAGAGAGGAAUUUCUGGAGGUCAGAAAAAACGUGUCAAUAUUGGAAUGGAAUUAGCGGCAGUUCCAAGUGUCUUAUUUUUGGAUGAGCCCACAAGUGGAUUGGACUCUUCCACAUCGAAGGAAAUUAUUGAAAUUCUUAAAAGUAUUGCUGUGAAUCAGCAUUUAACCAUUGUCACUGUGAUUCAUCAACCUCGAUAUGAAAUCUUUACCAUGUUCCAUAAAGUCAUGCUUCUUGGAAAAGGAGGAAGAAUUGUCUAUUUUGGUCCAAGUGUGAAAGCAAUGGACUAUUUUGAGAGCCUCGGUUUCAAACCACAACCCAAUGUCAAUCCAGCAGAUUUCAUGCUUGAUAUUAUAUCAGGAAAUGCCACGAAAGAAGAACAAGAGGACUCCUUCUUCGAUCCAGAACUAUUAUUUGACAUGUGGGAAGAACGAGCUCAUUUGUGGAGUGGAGAGUUGAAUUCUGAUGAAACAACUGAACUCGACUCUUCACCGCUCAAGAAAUCUUUAACGAACGUGGUAGAGUUCGAAGAAUCGAAAAACAAUGAAGUAGUGGACCACCCAUUGAAUUCUUCAAAUAUUUCACAUCAAGAAGAAGAAGAAUUCUUACAUGAGGCAUCUCUCUCACCACCUCGAAGAAAGAAUUCCAUCAUGAUAGACUGUUCCUAUACAGCUCUCCAAAAAGAACACAAUUCCAGACAUGUGAGCUAUUUGUCACAAUUCAUGAUGUGUCUUAAAAGAUGUCUAUUUCAGAGUACAAGAGAAAUCAAAUCUUUUGUAUUGGAUUGUUUCUUGGUAUAUAUUGCAGGAUUGGCCAUUGGUGUGAUCUUUUACGACACACGAUAUAUUGGACCACCAUUAACUGAAAUUAUUGAACAAUGUCCUGAAGUGAUGAGAUACAAGUGCGCUCUUCCUGUCGAUGAUCCAAUUAUCACAAUGGGAGCCAUUCUCUCCUUAGGAUUAUCAUUAUGUGGUGUGAUGAGUUCUUUAAGUAAUUUUGGAGAUGAAAUUGUGGUCUUUAUUAGAGAAUACGAAAGCAAUAUUUCACCUCUCAUGUAUUUCCUUGCGAAAAAUAUAAUGCAAAUUCCAAUCAUAGUUUUAACUCCUGGAAUUUUCAUUUCAAUAUUUUAUAUUAUUAGUAACCCUCAGGGUGAUGUUUGGCAGUACUAUUUGGUCCUUUUUCAUGUCAACUUUGUGAGUUAUGGCAUUGGUUACCUCCUGUCAACACUCUUCCCCUCCUCCUUUUCUAAAGUAGCAGGAGUUGUCUUUGUGGUGAUUAACAAUUUAAUUGCAGGAAUGAGACCAACCAUUCCUCAAAUGAAUGACAUGUUCUUUCCAAUGCCAUAUAUUUAUUCAUUGUCCUAUCUUCGUUAUGCAACAGAAGCUCUCUAUUUAUUUGAAAUUAAGAAAUACGCAACUGUUUAUUCAGUGGAGAGUGGAAUGGAAUUAUUGGGAUACUCAUUUUCAGAUCAAACCAAGUGUGUUUGGGUUCUUCCAUUGUUUGGAAUAUUGUACAGAAUUCUGGCUUAUCUGUCACUCGUCAUGUUACCUCCUGGUGUCUAUGUGAAAAAGUUGUGGAGAUGGUUAUUUAAUUUCAAAUCUCAUGUGAAAAAUAUUAAGGAAAAGUGGUCGAAAUAA